AUGUUCGCUCAAACCCCUCGUCCUCAUUCCCCCAUUCGCGCAUCCCGCUCUCCUUCCCCGUCGCGCAAACAGCGACUGGAGCCUGGCGGGACCGGCACGACGACGCGAAGACUAGGAGAUGGCAAAGUGUCAGAGGGCAAACGAUUGUUCGAGGAUUUGGCUCGAAGGGCAGGGACGCCCAAAGUCAAGUCGGAGUCCAGCACCGGCACCAGCUUGAAGGGUGCUGGGAUGUUGGGCGACAAGACCAACAAGGGUGGCAGGAGCAGUAGCAAGGAUGGCGAAGAGCAGGGAGGAUCGCCUUCGAAGAGCAGGUCGGCAAGUCCUACGAAGCUUGGCGCCAGCAAUACAACGAGUCGCACGCUGCAAACGCCGGCCAAAUCUAGCAACAAGAGCAACGGCAACAGCAACGGCACGACAUUCUUUGAAACACCAGCGGCGCAGACUGGUAAAGCGGGUGCAGCGAGAGCGCGCAUGGCAGAAGCUUUGGAAGCUCGUCAACCGAUCAAGGAAGUGGAGGAAGAGGAAAGCAUCGCUGCUGCCAAGCAGUCCGCCUUUGCUUGGCCAGCGGAUGAUGCGCCAGAUGACGCUUGGCCAGAGAUCGAGUACAUGCCUGCGCCCGUCGAGAGUGGGUAUGGCAACGCUGCGCAUGUAUGCUUGACCCCCAGCCGCUGAACCUCUCAUCACACCCACACCCACACUCUCCAGUUGCCCAUUCGCUACCUUUUGAGCUGGACGGACUUCCUAGAGCAGAUGAGCUUGCUCGCAGUCUAUGCAGCAUGCGAUUCGGUGGAUUCGUGGGCGAGGUAGAGCAAGAGGAUGCGCGCAAUCUACCUUUGUUGCAGCAGCAGCAGCAUCAAGAGGCGUCCUGGCUAGUGCCUACUCGCAAAAGCAAGGAGUCCGAGCAAGACUUGCCAUGGCCUAAUCGAAAGAUUGCUGCGAAUCUGCCCAAACCCGCACCCGCACCCGCACCCGCACCCGCACCCGCACCCAAACAGACGACGAUCGCGAUUCGUUCGGCGCGAGCAGCCAGGAGCAUUGCGGGCGCUUCCUCCAGCUCAAAGGUGAAGGAGGCGAGCAAAGCGAGGGCGCGUACCGCUUCGAAUGCAUCAAAAGUGACAAACACAAACGGUUUGGUGUCAAGAGGUGCUUCAUCGACGACGGCCGUCGCACCUUUACGCGCAAGGUCCAUCACUCCUCGAGCAGCGCCGACAAAGAGUGUGAGCUUGGGCAAAUCUUGCGUAUCCUCCUCUCGACUUGCAAACGUGCCGCGCUGCAAAGCUGCAUGGAAAGAGGAGCAGAAUCGUCUAGGUGCAGACGAAGCUUUGCAUGCUGAUUUGAGCGACUUUAUGAACGAUCAGCAUGCGCGGUGGGUGGAUGAAAAGUUGCGAGAGACGAGCAUGAAUGCGCAAGAGGGCUUGUUGGAGAUGUAG